CUUCUUUCCCAAAUCCCCAGCAGUCAGCACAGCAGAGGAGGGAGCUCAGCUCAGGAUCGAGCGGAGCAGAGGUAGCCAGGAGGUCGACCGGCAGCGGCAGGCCGGCGAGAUGCACGUGUGCUUCCGCGGCGGCGCCGGCGACAGCAGCAGGGUCGCCAGGCCCAUCAGCGCCAUCAGGGGCUUCACCAAGAGCAUGAAGGCCAUGUCCCUCAAGGCGAAGCCGGGAGGCAGGAGCCGGAGGCGGCGGCCGGAGGAUGUUAAUCCAGGAGCGGCGUCCGCCAAGAUCGCGCCGGCGCAGCUUCAGGACGAAGCCGACGACGAUCCACUUGAAGAUCAUCAGCAGCGGAAGAAGAAGCCGGAGUUCUGCGACAAGUGCUGCUCCCCAUUGCCGCCGGAGGACGAGGACGAAAGGGAAGAGGAGGAGGAGAGCGGCGGCGGGGGUCGGGAGUGGGUGGCGGAGCCGGAGCCCGGGGUGUCGAUGACGCUGGCGGCGCGGCGGGACGGCACGAACCGGCUCCGCAGGGUGCGCUUCAGGGCGGAGCUCUUCGACGCCUGGGCCGCGCGGGCCUGGUGGGCCGACAACUGCGACCGCAUCUUCGAGCUCUACACCGUCGCCCGCUCCGACUCCGACGAAGACUCCGACUCCGCCGCCGACGCCAUGCCUGGCACCCCAUGCCAGUCCGAGGACGACGAAGAGCCGCACACGCCGGAUCAUGAGACGGUGACACCCGAGCCAGGCGCGGAGGAGUCGGGGUCGUCGUUCUCCGGCGACCCGUCCAGCGGCAGCGGCAGCGGCAGCGGGUCGGCCGUUACGGUGGGGUCGCCGGUACUGGGCCUCGUCGUCACCGAACCCAACAACACCUUCGAAACGCCACGAACGCCGACGACAACUACAGAGAGCGCCCAGGACGACGAUGACGAGGAAGACGAGUGGGUGGAGGAGUACGAGCCCGGGGUGUUCCUCACCGUCCGGGCCUGCCCCGACCAAUCCCUCCAGCUCCGGCACGUCGAGCUCAGCCGUGAGAGGUUCGGGGAGGUGAAGGCGAGGGUGUGGUGGCAGGAGAACAAGGACAGGCUGCGCACCUUCUACUCCUUCUGAACUCUCAACCAUCUUGCUGCCACCAUCCUGCCUGCUUCCAUGUCUGUUUACCGUGGCGAUCAUUCAUCCUUGUGUCUUCCGUUGAAACAGAGAAUAUAUAUAUAGCUGCUAAUUGAUCAGCAUUACAAUGAGAGCAAAAGGGGCAUGCGUGGAGUUGCAGCAUGAAAGAUAGUGACAGAGUAUUUUUUUUACAGCAUAGUGACAGAGUAUAUUAUACUGUACUUGUUCUUGGAAAUUUUCCUGUGGUUUUGUCCUUUUUUCCCCAUGGGAAUAUGGGAUUCAUGUAAAUCGGGCAACGUCCCCCGUUUUACCACUGAUAACAAAUCACAAUUACUCCUUCCGUUUCAAAAA